AUGCUGGACUUCCUGGUACCUGGUCCUCUGGUGAGGCUGUGCAUGGGCCUUGCAUGCAUCCUGUCCCUUUGGAACACAGUGUCUGCUAUUAAAGAAGAAGCCAAGAAGGAAAAGGUCAUGACCUUCCUACCUACAACAGUGUCUGGCUUUGGAGGAGAAGAGAAGAAGGAACAGGGGAUGGCCUUUCUUGAUACCACAGAACUGCCCGCAAGGUCUGUCGAUCUGUCAGCACUUAACCUGACAGAGCUGGUGAACGGGAUGCUGAGGAGAGCUUUAAAAGACAGCAAGAGGUUCUUCUCCUUGCUGAGCAUCACCUCCUACAGUUCCUUUGCCUUCCACAAGUUGUCUGUGGCCAUUUACAACAUUUCUAACCUGAAGACCGUGGACCCAGCCAAAUUCCCCACACGCUACUGCUACUGUCUGAACAAUCGGACCAGUGACGUGUCAGAUUUCACAGCCCUGCUGGUGGACGUUAUUGGGAAUUCUACCAGCUUCCUCACAGAGAUUUUUAAGUCGACCUCCAUCCUGUCAGUGAGUCAGACGAAUGAAUCCAAUUGCAUCUUCAUCUGUAUGAUGACAGGAAAGUCAGGACGGAAUCUUUCUGACUUCUGGGAGAUGGCAGAGAAAUCACCUGUUAUCAAUUACACAUUUACCAGCAGCAUGUCUGGUGUUCUGGGUGCAGCUACCAGGGGGACGGCCGUGACUUCAAAGCUCCCGCCCACAAGCCAGCAGACACAGCCAGGAACGCGCCCUCCGCGAGAAGCCCAGGGCACCAGAGGGUCUGUGCAGAGAACCUCACCCUGGAUGGAGACGACCCCGCCUUCGGAGGGAGAGCAGACGGCGGGCACAGACAGGCUCCCUCCGCUGCGUGCCAGGACCGCGGCCCCUGUGGGCAGCGCCUCUCCCACCCUUCCAGGCUUGGCUACCAGGAGGGUGGCCGGAAACCCAUGGGUGGCAGCCAACAGGCCGGUAUGGGCUUCCACACUGCCUGUGCCCUGGACUCAGAGCAUCGGUGAGAAAACGCCUGGAGCGCCUCCCUGGAAAACACGCUCUUCCACACCGACUUCUCCUGCCGAGGCCAUGAGCUCGAGAAGCCUGCCUGGGCCUCCUGCCUGGACAGCGGCCACACGUGCCAGCCCAUCCCAGACCAGCCGAGCCACAGGAACAUUCACCGCUGGUGCACAGACUCCGAGUCCAACCAAGGCACCGGCACCCGGAUACCCACAGACAGGUGACUUCCCUGCCCUGUUGCCGUUUGCCCCUGGAGAAGAGCCAACCCUGCUCCCAGGACCCCGUCGAGUUUCAAGGUGUCCUCAGUCAUUCCACAAAGAAAGGGUUUCUGUUACCCCGGCCAUCCAGAAGCUCAACCCUUGCCUGAUGGAGCUAUGCCGCUUUUUCCAGCAAUGUCUCUGCAUGAGCCAGAGAAGAGUCCCCAGGAUGGAGGCCAUGAGGUACUGUCUUGAACACUAUUCCUGGUUUCUGAAGAAUGCAACCUACAUCUGUCAGAGGGUGAAAAGGGUGUCCCACUCACACACCUUGAAACAAAAAUGCCUUGAAAACAUCUGCAAGUCUGUGUGA